UGCCAUGCUGUGAAAGUAAACGUCAAGAACUCAGCCAACACGCCUCGUCUGCAUUAUUUAUAAUUAGACAGACAACACAUAUACAGUGUGAUUUUGUUUUGUUUACAAGGAAAGAAAAACAAAAGUUAAAAAAGGGAGAUAUGUUGUAUAUAUAUGUAUGUGCUGCGGUUGCAUUAAGAACGUUGCGACAGCUGCCGUAAAAGAGAUCAGAGCAAUGGCAGCGUCUCCAAGCCCUCUAACCACACAUGUGUUAAAUACUGCCAACGGUGUUCCAGGAUCCAACAUGGCCCUCAGCCUACAUCGACUGGACCCCUCAUCUGAGACAUGGAUGGUUAUCACGACUGGGACGACAAAUUCAGAUGGCCGUUGCCCUGGGCUUAUCACACAAAAAGAAAUGUUUCUGUCUGGUGUGUACAAACUGCGCUUUGAAACUGCUCCAUAUUGGGACAGUUUGGGGGAGACCUCCUUUUACCCUUAUGUCGAGAUUGUCUUUACUAUCAAGGACCCAAGCCAAAAGUACCAUAUACCUCUGCUCCUGAGUCGCUUCUCAUACAGUACUUACAGAGGGAGCUAGUGUCUCUAUCCUAACCUUUGCAAUCUGACAUUCAUUAACAAUGUAUAUGUCCAUGUACACAAACAAAUGCCACAUGUUACAUGUUAUGUUUCAUCAUUAGUAAAGAAAAUGACUGAC